UUAGUGGAAAUAAAACAGCUGUAGACUCACCAUUGUUUGCCCCUGUGUCUGUUGGUUUACACUUUUUUUGCACCAUUUUAUGUUUCAUAAUUUUAUCGUAUAUUUUAGUCUGUGUUCUCUUUCUUGUAUCACUGGUCUGCACCCACCUAUUCUGUAUCUCUACCUUUCUCUGUUUCAUCAUGUCUCUCUCAUCUAUCUUCUCUGUCUUUUUUUUUUUUUUAUUGUCUGUUUCUCCAUCUGUCUCGUAUCCUCCAUUUCUGUACCGUCGACACGAACAAUAAUGACAAAUAAUCAUACAAUGUGAACGAAUGGGCAGUCUUCGUCAAUACAAUGGCUGCCUGUUCGUGUUGUAUAUGCUCAGCACUGCCACCUCUAUUGUCCCCUGCCCGCCGCCAUCCACCCGCCGUAAUUCGAGAUAUUUCUUCCAGUAUUAAAUAAAAUCGAAACAAUUGACACAUAUUGUUACGAUUCUCUCUCCUAAUCAGGCCUUCUGUAAACACUGCUAAACACAACACAUCACAUCUAACACAUCAAGAACUUGACAACAAGAGCUCUGUUUAAUCUGGUACUUUAAUAAUGAGUAAAUAGGUAGAAGACAGCCAAUACUAGACUAUUGACAACACAUCAACAACUAAAUUGCUACACUGUACAUCACCGUACAAAAUUCUACUGUCUCUAUCUCUUCCUGGACUCGUACAUAGCACUUGAGGACUCCACCAGGACUGACUUCAUGGCCCGACUAACAGUCCCGGUCUUUGGUCUUGAACUGCCGCUUUCUUACACACUGUGUCUCUGGUUCACGCAGUCUUUCGAUCACAUGACCAUAAUGAGGGUCAUGUAUGUGUACUAGCAGUACUGUCACUUAUCCAUCGAUAGCCAUUGCCUUCAGUGAUUUGCCCGAGUUCACGUGUGUCAACUGAACCUACAGUUAACCCUCUCGCGCCGCCACUAGGGUUAUAAUCAUAUGAAACAAAUAAAUGAAAAAAAUAUUCAGUCACUCUGACGCUUUCAGUCAAAAUCGACCAUGGCUCAUCUUUUAGGACUGAAAGGACAUAAAACAAACAGUAUGGACUUAUCACGUAUUGAGGAUCUUGAAAAAAAAAUUAGAUCUUUCACCGAAUAUUUUGAAACAACAGAAGAAAAUUUUUCCAGACUCAAUGAACAAGUUGAAACUUCAUCAAAAAAACUUUUAAAGAGAAUUAAAAUAUUAGAAAAAAAACAUACAGAACAACGAAAACACAUCCAGGAAAUUUCACAGAAGCAAGUUGAUGUCGAAACUAAAUAUGAACAAAAUUCUGAUCAAUGCUUAAAAGAACUUGAUCAAGCCAGUGAUUUGAUCAAACUUCAGACUAAAUCUUUAUCACAGAAAAUAAACCAGUGUAAAGAAUGCAACGAAACUAUCCUGAAAAAGCAAAAUGAAAUUGAGGACAAUUUAAAAACAGAGAUUGAUACUUUAACGAAACAAAUGCAAAGUUUUACUGACUUGACGACAACUAAAACUGAUACUAUUGUCGGAAACAUAAAUACAAGCGAGAAACAGCUGAUGGCAAUUUUCAAAACAAAUAAAGAAAAAGAGGAAAAAAUGGAACUACUUUUAAAAGCCCAAGAAGAUUUGAAAAAAGCAAAUAAUCAAACAUCUGAAAACACUCUUACGGAAAUAGAAAGAGCUAAAACUGAGAUCGAAUGUCUAAGAUCUGAAUAUAAAACUUUGAUAAUUAUAGUCAAUGAACUAGAAAGAAAUUUCAAAGAUUCACCCAACAAUUUUCAAAAACAUGUAGAAGAAAUGGACACCAUUCUAAGUUCUAAUACGUCAGAGAUAAAAACGUUACAUAAGAGUGUCACGGAUAUUUCAAAGUCUUUGACCCAGAUUAAGUCUUUCCAUGAUACCACAUUUCCAGAUUUCCAGGCACAAUUUUCAACAAUUUAUUCAGCGAUAAGGUCCUGGAGUAAAUUGAGCAGUGCUAAAAUUGAAAGUGAAAUGAAAGAUUUAAAUGUCAAAAUACUUGGAUUUUCAAAGGACAUUGCCAGUUUCAGAGACUCCAAUGAGACUGAGGCUUUUUGCUUGGAAGUAGCCAACAUGAAGGAAACAGACAUAAAGAAAGACACAAUAUUAACUCUUUUUAACUACGCCGGUAAUGUAACUCUAUCACCACAUUACAAUAUGUCGACAAGUACGUACACAGUGCCUCACGAUGGGAUAUAUCUCUGUUGUCUGAUGGUUGAAAACUUGACUGAUAUGAAGGUUCAGUUCCAUGUCUAUUAUAAAGAUAAGAGUGGAAAAGAGAGUCCACGCGUCUAUUCUCAAGCUUAUCACAAAGAUUUAACCUCAUGUAGUGUUAUUCCAAUAUAUAUGUACAAAGGUGACCAGAUGUAUAUCAAAUCAGCCUUGGACUAUCCCCUUCUCAAACUUGGGAAUAAUUCUUUCUUCUCUUGUGUACUACUCAAGAAAUUUUGAAAUAAUAACAUACGUUUUUAAUGAUAAUUACUCUCUGAACUAUUUUAUAGCCUAUAUUUCAUUAUAUUAGUUAACGUAUAGCUCCUUUUUCAUUUUCUUUACAUUUGGAUUUCUGUACUUAAAAUAGCUGUACAAAUGUUAUAAUUGUAAUAAUCGUUUGGAAUGGGUAAACUUGUUUCUAAAAACCCUCUUCCCCAAAAAUCAAAGGAUAAGACUUUACAGAGAUGAAUUCUCUGUAAAAUGCAACGCAAUUUGUAGAUCUAGCAUACUAUAAGAUUGGCCCAAUGGAGAAAGGAAAAUCAAUUCCAACUGGUAAUCUCUCAGAAAGUCAGAAAGACAAACAAUUCAACUAGCAGUUACCACACCAAUAUAAACUGGCAUAUUGUCGUUUUAACCGAUGCUAAAAAAAAAAAACAACUCUGAAAAAAAUCUGAUGCUUCCUCAUAGGAGCUGCGGGGGAAUGUGUCUGCAGAGUCACUUAAUCUGUAUUGGAGCUAUGAGACAUUACACCGAGUGGUAGGGUUUCUCGCCAAGCUCUACCGGAGGAUUAGUCCUAUCAGUCUUGUUACUACUUGGAGUUUAUUUCUCAUAUGCUUACCACAUACAAAAACUAAAAACCUUUCUAGCAAACCUCAACCACAUCAAGGAAAUAGUUUUUUAAUCGAUACCAGCACACAUUGCAAAUUUUUUAAAAAAUAAUAGAGGAUAGAUUAACUGAGUAAUGGAUCAGCUCCCACCUUAAUUUCGAGAAAAUGAUAUCCCUAUAAAAUGUCUCCAUACGACCAACUUAUUAUUUUUCCAGCAUAUAUUCUGGAAACUAAAGAUGAGAUGAACCAUAGUACCAUACUGUAAUCAUUUUGUUGACCUUAGUGACGAGAUAUAUAAAUUGUUGAAAUAUGUCUUUCCAAUUGUACAUACUUGCGCAUUUAAACUUUGACAACGAAAUAUAAUAAUAUUUUUCAGUAUAAUGCCUGUUAUACAUAUACAUCUACGAUCUCAACUUAACCUGUAAUAUGUUUUAUUUAUACAUAUAAUAAUUGUUACUAUAUACAUUUUUUGAAGCGUAUUUGUACUUUUCAUCUAUAUACAUAUAAUUUACAUAUCACAGCGCAUUUCAAAUGACAUUUUAAUAUAUAUUUUUUUGUAAUCCAUAUAUUUAAUAAAUUAUACUCUU